AUGAGUGAAUCAAGAGAUGCAAGUCCAGAGACUCCCGAUACCUCAGUUAUUGAUGAUAUAGAUUACACAGAAGCUAAAGAAAUACUUAAGGAUGAUUCAGAAGAAUCCAGAGAGUUCGAAAAGCUCUCUAACGAUUCCAAAAUGGAGAGGUUAAAUAAUUUGAUCAAGAAAAGUCAGGUUUAUUCACAAAUCAUUGCAGACCAAAUCCUUGAAAAUACCAAAUUGAAGAAAGAAAAGAGAAGCCAGGGGAAUGAAGAAGAUGAAAAGAAAACCAAGAAACGUAAGAAGGAUGUUUUGACUAUGUUGUCCAAGCAGACCAGCGAAAAACAGUCUAAAGAUGACAAAAUCAAGCAACCUAAACUAAUGUCUGGGACCUUAAAAGAUUAUCAACUUGACGGAUUGGAAUGGUUGAUUACGUUAUUUGAAAAUGGGCUUAACGGGAUCUUGGCCGAUGAAAUGGGUUUAGGUAAAACCAUUCAAUGUAUUGCAUUUAUCUCAUUCUUGAUAGAAAAUGGAGUUCCUGGACCUUAUUUGAUAGUUGCUCCAUUAUCAACGAUUUCUAACUGGGAAAAUGAAUUCAAGAAGUUCUCUCCAAAAUUGAAGGUCUUGAGGCAUACAGGUACAAAGGAAGAAAGAUUAGGGCUUGAAAUUGCUGGUAAUGAUAUUGUAUUAACCAGUUUUGAAUUGAGUAUUAAAGAUUUCUCCAAACUCAGCAAAACUAACUGGAAAUUCUUGAUUAUAGAUGAAGGUCAUAGAUUAAAGAACAUGGACUGUAUACUUAUUCAAGUACUCAAACGAUUGAACGUCAGUAAUAGGUUACUUAUUACCGGUACUCCAUUGCAAAACAAUUUGAAGGAAUUAUGGUCAUUAUUGAAUUUCAUACUACCUGAUAUUUUCCAUGACUUACAAUUGUUUCAACAAUGGUUUAAUUUUGAUGAUUUAUUAUCUGUGGGGGAGAAUAAGGAAAUGGAGAUGUUCAUUAGGAAACAACUACAAAGUAAUUUGAUUAAGAAUUUACAUACAAUUUUAUCACCAUUUAUCCUUAGAAGAUUGAAAAGGGACGUGAUACGAAACUUACCUCCCAAAAAAGAGUACUUGAUCCAUAUUGAGUUAAGUGAUUAUCAGAAAAAGAUGUAUAAUGACACUUUAGAUGGAAAAUUAUUUGAGAGUAUUUGUGAGCUUUAUUUCAAGGAUUACAAGAAAUUCAAUCGAGUAAGAUCCAAUAACGAAAAUGCAUUACAAGAAAGAAUUGAUAAAGAAGUCAGAGCGUUGAGUCUUAGAAAUACCAUCAUGCAAUUAAGACAAAUUUGUAACUCACCAUAUAUUUAUUAUGAGCCCUUCCCUAUUACGGAGAAUUUGACAAAGGGAGAAAGAAGUCCUAGGGAUAAAGAAGGGCUCUUCAUUACUGAAUUGGUGAAUAAUUCCUCCAAGUUUAAAGUUUUAGAUCAAUUUUUGGGAGGUUUGAAAGAUAAUAAAAUCCUUAUCUUCUCACAAUUCACUAAAUGUCUUGAUUUGAUAUCAGACUUUUUAACCUAUAGAUCCAUCAAACAUUGUAGAUUCGAUGGAUCCACGUCACAAGAAGAAAGAGAUGUCCAAAUAAAACAAUUUAAAGAUCCCAAAUUCAAAGUCUUUCUUCUAUCCACCAGAUCAGGAGGUUUGGGUAUCAAUUUGGUGGAAGCCGAUACUGUGAUUUUAUUCGAUAAUGAUUGGAAUCCUCAAGUUGAUCUUCAAGCAAUCGAUAGAUGUCAUAGAAUUGGUCAAGACAAACCUGUAAAGAUUUUUAGAUUAUUGAUCAAAGAUCUGAUUGAAGAAUUACUUAUUAUGAAAAACUACAGUCGAAGAUUCUUAGAAAAAAUCGUCAUCAGAAUCAGUAACUCCAUUAGUGAUUUCGAUAAUUAUGAAAUUGAAUUCAACAACUUAAUAGAGAUUUCCAAAAAGAUAGGUAUCAACAAUAGAGAAUUCAAAUUCGAUUAUGAUCACAUCCAUGAUAUUGAAUUAUUGAAUGAUGAAGAAAUGACAGAAUUACUCGAUAGAAGCCCUGAAUGUUAUCAAUCGAAAAAGAAGUUUGAUAACAUAUCAGUGUUCGAGACCUUAAACAAGUUAGAUGAAUAG